UCAAUGUGGUGCUCAGACUCUGAGCUUUGCGAAGGGCGGCGAUGCACGGCUCUUGCCACGGCGGAAGAACGCGACAACGGUCCCGUUAAAUCUCUACCCAUUUGCCGAUUUACCAACACGUCCUGCUCGAGAUAAGCCGUCCGACAAGACAAACCACGACGUCGAGUGGUCUUCAAGCCCACCACCACUGGUCGGUGUGCUCUGUUUUAGUCCACGAAUCAGCAAAAUGAGAAAAAUAAUGAUAAACUCAACGUGAUCGUCGCGAUGUGUUUUUCUAGUUACAAUUGGAGGCUGGCGUCUCACCUGCUUCCACGCUGACCUGCAAAGACUCCUAUUCCAGUUUUGAUCCAGUUCGAAUGCAUCAACAGCCCGUGUGCAAGGUGGAUGCCGGCAUCUUGACACUAGAAGUCUUGUGGCAGAUGGGGGACGGCUACAUGUACCGGAGACUCCCCUACGCCAGGGGAGGAGAGGCGGCCGACGAGGAGGACUCGGAGGGGAGAGCCGGGAUGCCGGAGAAUGCCGGGAGACAAAUGAUGCAGGGAGAGGAGGGCACGGAGUGGCUUCUGGAGCUUCUGAUGGACGUGCAGCUGCAGCAGUACUUCCUGCGCAUUCGCGACGAACUCAACGUGACGCGGCUGUCGCACUUUGACUAUGUCAAGAACGAAGACCUGGAGAAGAUCGGCAUGGGCCGACCCGGUCAGAGGAGGCUGUGGGAGGCCGUCAAGAGGAGGCGAGCGCUGUACAAACGCAAAUCCUGGAUGAGCAAGGUGUUUCCCGUCAAGCGUCCUGACGCCGAGCCACAGCCGGCCCCUUCGCUCGGGGCGACGGCAUCCGGUGGCUCCUCGUCCGCUGCCGGGGAGUCGGCAGCCUCGCUCACCUGCCUGAUCCGAGAGGCGGAGCUGCAGCUGUUAGAGCGUCUCGGCGACGGCACCUUUGGAGUGGUGCGCCGUGGCGAAUGGAGCGCCCCCGACGGUCGAGCGCUGUCCGUGGCGGUGAAGUGUCUGAAGGCCGGCGUCCUGGAGUCAGACGGGCUGGACGACUUCAUCCGAGAGGUGAACGCCAUGCACUCCCUCAGCCACCAGAACCUCAUCCGCCUCUACGGGAUCGUCCUGACGCAGCCCAUGAAGAUGGUGACGGAGCUGGCUCCUUUGGGUUCCCUGUUGGACCGGCUGAGGAAGCGUCAGGGUCACAUUCUCAUCUCGUCGCUCUGUAACUACGCCGUGCAGGUGGCGUGCGGCAUGGCCUACCUGGAGCGGCGCCGCUUCCUCCACCGCGACCUGGCGGCCCGCAACGUGCUGCUGUCCACCAACGAGACGGUGAAGAUCGGCGAUUUUGGCCUGAUGAGGGCGCUGCCGUCCCACUCCGACCACUACGUCAUGGAGGAGGGCCACAAAGUCCCUUUCCCAUGGUGCGCUCCGGAGUCGUUGAAGACUCGCACCUUCUCGCACGCGUCCGACACCUGGAUGUUCGGGGUCACCCUGUGGGAGAUGUUCACCCACGGGCAGGAGCCGUGGCCGGGCCUGAACGGGAGUCAGAUCCUCCACAAGGUGGACGUGGAGGCAGAGCGGCUGUGCAAGCCGGCCGACUGUCCGCAGGACAUCUACAACGUCAUGCUGCAGUGCUGGAGCCCCAAACCCGAGGAGCGGCCCACCUUCGCCGCCCUCACGGACUUCCUGAUGGAGAGCACGCCCGCCGAAAUGAGGGCCCUGCAGGACUCUGCCGAGGACAACAAGCUGCACAUUCAGCUGAAUGAUGUCAUCACCAUAAUCGAGGGAAGGGCUGAGCACUACUGGUGGCGCGGUCAGAACCGGCGGACGCUGCGAGUGGGCCCGUUCCCUCGCCACGUGGUGACAGCGCUGACUGGCCUGUCGGCAGAAGACAUCAGCAAACCGCUAAAGCACUCCUUCAUCCACACGGGGCACGGAGACACGGACCCGCACAGGAGCUGGGGCCACGCUGACCGCAUCGACAGUCUCUAUUUGGGGAACCCCAUGAAGCCCCCCGACGUCCUCGGAAUGGACCCCUGCAUCUCGAGACCGACCAAACUCCCGAACCGGACCAAGAAGCAAGCCCCGCCUCGUCCUCCUCAGCCUGCGGUCCUGCUCAAGAAGCCUUUUUACGACUCAGUGAUGGAGGACUACGACGACGACGAGCAAGGCGCCCGGCCCGGCCCCGAGAGGCGGAGUCUGUCGCUGGGCCUGAAGCUGCGCCGACCCAACUCUGGCGAGGUGUCGCUCAUCGACUUCACCGACGACAGCUUCAGCUCCGCGACCACGCCCUCACCGCUCACUGAGACCUUGGACCAGGACACGCUUAAGGACACCCCGUCCAUCCUGGACUGGCCCCUCCCGCAGCCGGCCUACGAUGAGGUGGCACCAGAUCUGCGGGACCAAUCCGAGGACCAGGAGGUGCGCUCCAUCAACAAGGUGGUGGUGGAGGAGCCCCCAGUCACUCCCGCCGAGACCGUCGCGUUGGGCCGGAACGAGUCGCAGUCGGCCGACCUUUUCCAGGAACUCCAGCGAGAGGUGAUGGUGAAGCUCCAGGUUCCCAUGACGACGGGCCGCUCCCUCCCCUCCUCGCCGCUCCCCCUGCCGUUGGCGCCUCAGCGGCAGAUCGGCCCGCCGCUACCUUCCGAGGAGCGGCCCAUUCUCCCGCCCCGCAGCCCGGCAUCCCUGCUACGCCCCUCGGUGGGGGCGGCCCACCCACGCCGCGGCUCCAUCUCGCUGGAGUUGGAAAACACCCCCCCCCAGCUGCCGCCGCGGGAGCGAACCCUCUCCCAACCGGGCUCUCGUUCGUCUUCGCCGCUCACCCUCGCACCGCCGCUGCCGUCCCAGUCGCCCGCGGCGCUUCCGCCACCCCCGCUCUCAGUGUCCCCUCGCCGGGCCUCGGGCCUCCUUGGUCCUCUCCUGUCCUCUUCCUCGCCUCCUAGAGUAACGUCUUUGUACUCGUCUGGCUCCUCUUUGGACCCCCUGACUUCACGCGAAGUUCGCGGAACUUCUGCUGCCAUCGACGGUUCGCAGAGCUCCGCCCGUGCCCCGUUGCCGGAGCGACCGGCUCUACUGGAGAGAUACGGCGCUGCAAACAUGGCUGCGGUCAAACCCAUGAUUCAGCAUCCUGCCAGAGCCAAGCCCAACUCCUCCUACAACAACAACAACAACGGCCGACUGCCGGCUGACCCCGCGCGACAUGAGCUGAGCGUCGCGCAGAUCCAAGAAGCCGUCCACGGCGUCACACUGGACGAGUGUCACGCUGCCCUGCAAGCUCACCACGGGGAAGUCCGGCAAGCCAUCAACCAUUUGAAGGUGGAGCAGCUGUUUGGCGUUGGCCUGCGCUCCCGACGCGAGUGCGAGGUGCUCCUGCGGCGCUGCAUGUGGAACCUGGAAGAGGCCAGCUCGCUCAUGCUGGACACGUACGGACCACACGGCAACAGGAAGUGACAGCUGGAGAUGACGACGAUGCUUCACCCACUCAAGGACCAGCGAAUGUUCAUCUUGUUGUACUGUUGCUAACUGCUUGCACCAACUGUCGCCGCAUUAUUCCACAGCGGGACUGCUUAUUUAUUUUCAUUCACUUCACAUGACUCUUACAACUGUUCCAUUCAACCAAGAAUGAAAUAAAAGUGAUGUGAAAGAA